UGACGUCGACAGCAGUACGGAAGGUCUGGCCAAUGUUUUUGCGGACAUGAUCCAGACCGGGAGCCAGCAGCUCCUCCUUGCCACCGCGGCGGCUCUUAUGGCGAGGGCCGGAUUAUCAGUCGUCAUGUCGACCGGCGCCGAGCUCGCGGAUGGCGUCCGCCAGGCCGCCACCGAGGGUGCGGCGGAGGGAGUUCGACAAUCUUUCUCCAGCAGCUGGUCGUCGCUUGCGAACGAGAAGAAGACCACCUCCAGCGCAUCAAGGAAUUCCGCCGUCACGGUUGGGGUCUUCAUCGCCCCCUUCACCGACUCGUUUCCUUCACCGCGGUCGAGUGCCACCUGCGCCAACACGCCCCUCCUGGAGGCGGGAUACCAACUCGUGGUGUCGGAUCACGGUCGGGAGGCAGGCAGCAGGGCCACUCUCGCAGCGGCCGUGGUGAGAAACGUGAAUUCGAACAGAUCCGAUUUGUCGAAACCCGCCCGAGGGACAUUCUACGAAAGUCUGUUGAGCGCGAUCGACCUGUACGAGAAGCACUACCCGGCCUACAAGAGGCAGGCGUUGCGCGCCCGGCGGCAGGGCUUCCCACUGCUGUCGCUGUACGAGGUCGUCUGCCGAUCGAGGCUGCCUGAGAAGGACGUUGAGGUCAUCGAGAGCGGCGGCGGCAGCGGCAGCGAGGGCGGCGGUGACGACGACGACGACGAGUUCGACUUCAAGCUGACUGCCUUCACACAGCAUUUUCCCGGAUUGUGGAGCAAGGUAGCAUGUUCCAUACUUGCCUCUCUCUCGCAUUAUGGUUUUAGCAGGCUUGAUAUUUUCCGCUGAGCAUUAUCCAUCGAAGUGUUCAAAAUCAUGCUGGUGCCAUUCUUGUCUCUUCCUUUCUCUUGCCGUUGUACUGCUUUUGUCAAACACUGAAAGUAGAAGCAGCCGGAGAUUGUGGUUAAGUUUUCCAAAGGUUAUUCUCUCCCAAGAUUCAAUUAGGGCAGCGGUAGCGGAGUGUUUCGCCGAUUUUCCGUUCGUUUUCAUUAUGGAAACAAGCUUACAUGGACCUCGUAUUCCCCUCUCCCCCGUGUGAAAAUGCUGUUUCCUCUGACCCGUAGACCCAGCUUGGCACCGAGAGCCCGAGCGCGGAAGACCAGGCGCGAGGCAUCAAGGCACCGAACACGCUGGCCAAUGAGGCCUUCAUCUACGUCUGCCGCCGUCACUCGGAUCUGAUCCCGGUUUCCGCAGAGACCAAGGAGAGG